AUGUCCACUUUCCUCCAACGCCUCUUCCGGCCCUUCUCCUCGUCCACCAUGCACUUCAACCCCGAAACGUCCGCCACAUCCACCAUGACGUUGCCGGAAGGCGCGCAGAAAGCUACUCUGGCCGCGGGAUGUUUCUGGGGAAUUGAACACAUGUAUCGACAUGAUUUCAAAGACAAGGGAUUGUUGGAUGCCAGGGUCGGAUAUAUUGGCGGCGAAGUCGAUGAGCCUAGCUAUAGGGCUGUUUGUAGCGGGCGGACUGGACAUGCCGAAGCCUGCCAGAUCGUUUUCGACCCCGAGAAAGUGUCCUACAGAACCCUCCUCGAGUACUUUUACAAGAUGCAUGAUCCUACCACCACGAACCGCCAGGGACCGGAUACGGGCAGUCAAUACCGAAGUGGAAUCUUCUAUCAUGAUGAUGAACAGAAGAAGGUCGCGGAGGAGGUUACGAAGAAGGUCAAUGAGCAGUGGUGGAAAGGUGGCGUUGUGACGGAAAUCUUACCUGCGGGUCAGUGGUGGGAUGCGGAGAAGUAUCAUCAGUUGUAUUUGCAGAAUAACCCCGGAGGAUAUGAGUGUCCCAGCCACUUCUUGAGGAAAUUCCCGGAUCUUCAGUAG